GCACCACCGCAGCAUUCCCCCACCGAUUCCAACCUCACGGCUGCAGCCCCCCGCUCGUCGUUUGUCUCCUCCUCCCUCCCGGCCACUACCACCAGCACCGCGUACGACGAGCUCCGCCUCCGGGGCUUCCCGCGGGGCCUGCUCCCGGCCAACGUGCGGGGGUACACGCUCGACACCGGGUCCGGGGACUUCGCCGUCGACCUCCACUCCAGCUGCCGCAUCGUGCUGCCCGCCGGGAGCUACCUCGCCGCCUUUAACAACCGCCUCACGGGGCGGCUCGACGACCGCCGCAUCUCGGGCCUCAGCGGCAUCCGCGUCAGGGCCUUCUUCCGCUGGUGGUCCAUCACGGGGAUCCGUGCCGACGGGGACCAGCUCGUCUUCGAGGUUGGGUCGGUCUCCGCCAAGUUCCCCGCGCGGGACUUCAACGCCAGCCUCGAGUGUCCUACUCGGUGACCGUGACCGAGUCU